AUGGCCUAUAUAGGCCUGGCCUAUGUGGCCUAUGGCCUAUAUAGGCCUGGCCUAUGUGGCCUAUGUGGCCUAUAUAGGCCUGGCCUAUGUGGCCUGGCCUAUGUGGCCUAUAUAGGCCUGGCCUAUGUGGCCUAUGUGGCCUAUAUAGGCCUGGCCUAUGUGGCCUAUGUGGCCUAUAUAGGCCUGGCCUAUGUGGCCUAUGUGGCCUAUAUAGGCCUGGCCUAUGUGGCCUAUGUGGCCUAUAUAGGCCUGGCCUAUGUGGCCUAUGUGGCCUAUAUAGGCCUGGCCUAUGUGGCCUAUGUGGCCUAUAUAGGCCUGGCCUAUGUGGCCUAUGUGGCCUAUAUAGGCCUGGCCUAUGUGGCCUAUGUGGCCUAUAUAGGCCUGGCCUAUGUGGCCUAUGUGGCCUAUAUAGGCCUGGCCUAUGUGGCCUAUGUGGCCUAUAUAGGCCUGGCCUAUGUGGCCUAUAUAGGCCUGGCCUAUGUGGCCUAUAUAGGCCUGGCCUAUGUGGCCUAUGGCCUAUAUAGGCCUGGCCUAUGUGGCCUAUGGCCUAUAUAG